AUGAUCAUCUCAUCUCAUCUCGUUCUAAAAUCACCUCCAACCUUGACGAUGAUUCGCGACGACGCACCUACAUCUUAUCGCGAUCGCGCUGAUAUCUUGAUGGGCUCUAGCAGAUCGUCCGACGAAGGACACGCCAUACAUGUACAGGAUGAGCCACAACGGAUUGACACAGACGACAUCUUUGAAGACUCACCAGGACAUGCGGGGCCGGACACGGUAAGUGCUGAAGUCUCGGAGAUACCGUCUCUUCGUCGACUGCAUGAGACUGCAGGAUACAGAGAGGGUGUCACAGCGUCCAAGGCCAACCAUCUUCAAGAUGGCUUCGACGAGGGCUUUGCUCUUGGAGCAGAGAUGGGCGUACGAGCUGGCUGGAUCCUCGGGUGUUUUGAUGGCAUCACCAAAGCACUGGCUUGUAGAGCCGCCGUACCAUCUGGUGUGGACGAUGCCUCGCCGUCGACGAUGGCUCAGGAUGUCAAGGGCGAUGUCGAUGAAAGCAUCAGGCUGUCAGCGUCUGCGAGAGACGAGUUGAGACUAGAGAUGCUGUUUGGGAGUGAAUGGAUCAACGAAGAGGGCAUGUGGAAAUGGGAAGUGCCGGAAGACGGAGAUAUUACAUUCAAAGAAGUCGCCGCUUGUCACCCAGUUCUGGCCAAAUGGAACGCUAUUCUCAACAAGACUGCCAGGCAAUACCAAGUUCAUCUCGCGUUCCCGAGCGCGGAUGGAAUUGAUGAAGCUUAA